AUGGACGUCGAUACCGCAGUCGAGGCCUCCCCCGAGCCCGGUCCCUCUGCCAUCGACAACGCCCGCCCCCCGGCGCUUCCAGUCAUGCCAGCUGUGCAGGCAAACAAGAAGAAUGCAAAGGACAAAGAGAAGCAGAAGGUGAUGAAGAAGGCAAUGCAAGACGAUAACGGCAUGCGGUCAGUUCUAGGAGAGGGUCAAGACAAGCAGAAGAAGGGGAAGGGCAAGGAGAAGAAGAAGGCACAGAAGAGCGCAGGGCCACGUCACAGCAUCUUUGCCGUGAUUCAGAGAAUGGACAAGUGCGACAGUGGAAAAGGCAAAGCCAAGGUGCUGGGCGGAGACUGCUGA